AUGGCCUCUACACAGCUGGACCUCGACGUCCUCAUCGUCGGCGCUGGCAUCUCUGGCAUCAACGCCGGCUACCGCCUACAAACGGACGGCCCCAAGGGCAGCCGGUACGCCAUCUUCGAGGCGCGCCACAGCCUGGGAGGCACCUGGGACUUCUUCCGCUACCCCGGCAUCCGCUCCGACUCGGAUAUCUAUACCUUUGGCUUCUCCUGGAAGCCGUGGAGCAAGCCCGAGACGGUCGCGCAGGGCGCCGACAUCAAGAGCUACAUGACCGAGGCCGUGCGCGAGACGGGCAUCGACAAGCAUAUCCGCUACCACCACCGCGUCGUCGACGCCAAUUGGCUGUCCAAGGAGCAGUGCUGGGAGAUCAGCUACACGGUCGACGGCGGCGAGCCCCAGACGCUGCGCACCCGCUUCCUGCUCCUCGGAACCGGCUACUACGACUACGACACGCCCAUGAAGGCGCUCAUCCCCGGCAUUGACAACUUCGCCGGCAAGGUCAUCCACCCGCAAUUCUGGCCCGAGGACUACGACUACAGCAACAAGCACAUGGUGGUCAUCGGCAGCGGCGCCACUGCAAUUACUGUUGUGCCGGCCGUCGCUGAGAAGGUGCAGCACGUCACCAUGCUGCAGCGCAGCCCGACCUACAUCAUGCCCAUCCCCAAGCAGUCCGUCGCCGCGCGCUGGCUGUUCGCGCUGCUGCCGCGCUUCAUCGCGCACUCGCUGAACCGCUCGCUCUGGAUCUUCCAGAGCUACGUCAUGAUCUACUUCUGCCGCCUCUUCCCCAACGUCGCCCGUGCGCUCAUUCGCUCAGUCAACCGUCGCUUGCUUCCCAAGUCCGUCUCCAUCGACCCGCACUUCUCGCCGGCCUACAAGCCCUGGCAGCAGCGGCUGUGCGCCUCUAUGGAUGGCGAUAUCUUCGCUGCCAUCCGCAGCGGCAAGGCGAGCGUCGUCACGGACCACAUCGAGACCGUCACCGCCGACAGCAUCAAGCUCAAGUCGGGCGCGCAGCUGAACCCGGACGUCAUCGUGACCGCCACCGGUCUGGGCCUGCGCUUCGCGGGCGGCGUGCGCAUCAGGGUCGACGGCGCGCCGUUUGACGUGACGCAAAAGUUCAUCUACCGCGCGAGCAUGCUGCAGGACUUGCCCAACCUCGUGUACGUGGUCGGCUACGAGAACGCGUCGUGGACGCUGGGCGCCGACUGCGCGGCCAAGGUGCUCGUUCGCCUGGUCAACGAGCUCAAGGCUGGCGGGCACACGUCGGCGACGCCGCGCCUGGAAAACCCGGAGAAGAUGGAGGUCCGGCCCCUGCUCAACCUGGGCUCGACGUACCUCAAGAAUGCCAACACGGUCUUCCCCAAGGGCGGCACCGGCGCCUGGGCCCCGCGCACGACGUACCUGGCAGAUCUCUACAAGGCCACCUACGGCGACCUCAGGUCAGAGAUGGAACUUUUAUGA